ACUUAGUAAUUUCGGUAUGAAUUCGCCAAAUCGAACUGCAUCUGAUUUAAUGAAUACUGAAAUGAAUCGUGAACUGCAGUACAGUACUGUAGAAAUGGCAGCGAUUGUUGCCCGCAAUGUCCCACUAAUGAAUGAGGAACAAAGAACCAUUUAUGAUCGCAUUAUGCUCGCAGUUUCAGCUGGACAAGGUGGGUUCUUCUUUUUGGAUGCACCGGGUGGAACUGGCAAAACAUUCGUUAUUUCGCUAAUUCUUGCUGAAAUACGAUCAAAUAAUGGCAUCGCAUUGGCCGUUGCAUCAUCGGGCAUUGCAGCAACUUUAUUGGAUGGAGGUAGAACAGCUCAUUCAGUAUUUAAGCUGCCACUAAAUAUUCAGAAUAACCCUGACGCAGUAUGCAACAUUAAGAAACAAUCGUCCAUGGCCACUGUGCUGAAACGGUGUAAAAUUAUUAUUUGGGAUGAAUGUACUAUGGCACACAAACAUUCACUUGAGGCGUUGAACAGGACAUUGAAAGAUAUUAAAAACAGUGACAAACUAUUUGGCGGAACUCUGUUGGUCCUUUCAGGUGAUUUCAGACAAACACUUCCAGUCAUUCCACGUUCAACAUACGCUGAUGAGAUCAACGCUUGCUUAAAAUCAUCUCCAUUGUGGCGUAAUGUUGAAAAAUUACAGCUAAAAAUAAAUAUGAGCGUUCAAAUGCUUCAAGAUCCAUCCGCUGAAACAUUUUCAAAACAACUCUUAGAUAUCGGUGAUGGAAAAGUUGCUAUAGAUGAAACUGGGUACGUAAAAUUACCGACCGAUUUCUGCACAAUCGCUGAUUCGCAAGAUACUCUCAUUGAACAAAUAUUUCCCGAUGUACACACACAGUACAUAAAUCAUGAGUGGCUUGCAGAAAGAGCGAUUUUAGCGGCAAAAAAUGUAGACGUUGACAAUUUAAAUCUGAAGAUACAAAUGUUGUUGCCAGGGAACUUGGUAUCAUAUAAAUCUAUUGAUACAGUUUGCGACGACAGCGAAGCAGUAAAUUUUCCCACAGAGUUUUUGAACUCACUGGAUUUGCCAGGCAUGCCACCGCAUAAUUUACAAUUAAAGGUUGCAUCUCCAAUUAUCUUGCUUCGUAAUUUGAACCCGCCCCGGCUGUGCAACGGUACGCGAUUAGUCAUUCAAAAAUUAAUGAAAAACGUGAUCGAAGCCAGGAUUUUAAAUGGCAAGUUCAGAGGUGAAAAUAUACUCAUACCACGGAUUCCUAUUAUACCUACAGAUGUGCCAAUUCAAUUCAAACGUAUUCAGUUUCCGAUUAGAUUGGCAUUUGCAAUGACUGUCAACAAAUCCCAAGGUCAAACGAUGUCUGUUUGUGGAUUAGAUUUGAGAACACCAUGUUUUUCACACGGACAAUUAUACGUGGCAUGCUCUCGAGUGGGUAAACCAUCCAGUUUGUUUGUGUUAGCUAAAGAUGGACUAACAAAAAAUAUUGUUCACGCUAUAGCAUUAAGAGAUUGAUAUUGUUUAAUAGUGUUACUGUCGUAAUUGUUU